AUGGCAACAUUACAGCAGGAAAAGAAAUACCCGCUGGGGAAGAUUGAGCCCAACUCGCUCAAGUACUUCGGUGCUUGUACGAUGGGUGGAAUUAUCGUUGACCCCAAAAUCUACACCUCAAACAUCUCCGCAUGGCGCUCAAUCAUCUCGAAGGAAGGUCUCCGCGGGGUCUUCUUUGGUUGGUCCCCAACAUUCAUUGGAUACUCUUUCCAGGGAGCCGGUAAAUACGGUUUCUACGAAUACUUCAAAUACCUAUACGGCGACAUGUUCCCCAACACAAACCGCACGGUUGUAUAUCUAGGUGCAAGUGCCUCUGCCGAGUUCCUCGCGGAUAUGGCCCUCUGCCCAUUCGAGGCAAUCAAGGUGCGCAUGCAGACAACAUUACCGCCAUACGCAAGUAGCCUGCGCGAGGGCUGGGGUAAGAUCGUCGCGAAGGAGGGCAUGUCGGGUCUGUAUAAGGGAUUGUACCCGUUGUGGGCAAGACAGAUCCCGUAUACGAUGACGAAGUUCGCAACAUUCGAGGAGACUGUUAGCAUGAUCUAUAAGACGCUGGGAGGGCCCAAGGAGAGCUAUAAUAGCCUUCAGCAGACGGGUAUUAGUUUUGCGGGUGGUUAUAUCGCUGGUAUCUUUUGCGCGAUUGUCAGCCACCCAGCAGACGUGUUGGUAUCAAAGUUAAACGCUGAUAGAAAAGCGGGUGAAUCGGCUGUGUCGGCCGUCUCUCGGAUAUAUGGGAACAUUGGGUUCGCAGGGUUAUGGAAUGGCUUGCCAGUGCGAAUUCUAAUGCUUGGAACGUUGACCGGUUUCCAGUGGCUGAUACUGAGUGGAGAUGAAUGGAGACGCGAGAACAAUGGAGUCGUUGACCGCCUUCGCUCUUGGCGAUCGACUCGGAGCGUAGGACGAGAACUUCCUUCCAAGAUGGAACCAAAGACAUCAACAUCCCAGCCAUCCACGAACCCACCCAGUGUCGAAAUCGCCUACAAGCGCAAAUGUAUCGCGCUCAAGAAGCGUCUCGGCGAAAUUGAAGCUGAAAAUGAAUUGAUGCGCACCCGCAACCGACGUGGGUGGCAAUACAUUCAGAAGAUGCGCCUCGAGUCCUGUAUCCUUCUCGAGCGCCUGGCCAACGUUACGGGAAUGGCUGAAGAAGCCCAAGCCGGCGUGAACCCGGAACUGCGCGCCCGUGCUGCGGCUAUGAUGUCCAGCGGUGCAGGUGUAAAUGGCAUCUCCGCGACGAGAAACGGAUCGGGACCAGGAUACUAUGAAGAUGAGACAGAAGGGAGCUCAGACGAACAGCCACCCACACCACAAGAACGUCCACUCCGCGUAAAGCGAUCCCGCAAGUCGAACCUGAACAUCGAGGAUGAAGAUGUGCCUGCUACGGGUACUACUCCUGAGGCAUCUGGGCCGGGGGCAUCGUCAACGUGGCCUCGACUCGCGCCCGCGCCAUCACAAGAGGAGAUGACAUCUUCAUUCCGGAUUCAACAGGGUAAUGGGUCUGGGCCGGAGAAGGAGACUCCGCAUGCGAGCGAUCGGGAGGGUGAGAACAGAGAUGCUUCUCCAGAGCGAGCAGAAGAUCCCUCGGCGGAAAACCCGGCGACUCCAAUGGACCUUGAUACGAAAGAGCUAAAGGAGGAGAGCUAA